AUGCUUCAGACACCACGUGAACACAAAGUUAAGCUUGAGAACACACAUGAACACAAAGUUAAGCUUCAGAACACACGUGAACACAAAGUUAAGCUUGAGAACACACGUGAACACAAAAUUAUGCUUCAGAACACACGUGAACACAAAGUUAAGCUUGAGAACACACGUGAACACAAAGUUAAGCUUCAGAACACACGUGAACACAAAGUUAAGCUUGAGAACACACGUGAACACAAAGUUAAGCUUGAGAACACACGUGAACACAAAGUUAAGCUUGAGAACACACGUGAACACAAAGUUAAGCUUGAGAACACACGUGACACCAAAGUUAAGCUUGAGAACACACGUGAACACAAAGUUAAGCUUGAGAACACACGUUUACACAAGUUAAGCUUGAAACACACGUGA